AUGGAGCAUCUGAUAUACCAUCCAUCCCCCCGAACCUUCCGGGCAGAGAUCCGUGACGGAGCAAGUAGUCCACUUGAAGUUACGGACUGGACUCUCCGCGAUAGGCUGUACGGCAGUUGCGCUGCUGUCAGCCCACGGAUCCCAUGGCUCGGACACGAUCACUGUGGAUCAUCAUAUCUCCACAGCGUCGACUAUAAGCCUAUGCCCAUUGACAUCGCGUUUCGGGACGAAUAUGGCAGAGACUGGAAUAUCGAAGAAAUGCUCGACCACCAGGACAUCUAUUGCGCUCAUUCGUCGCUGAAAGAGCUGGAUGUGCAUGAGGCUGUGUAUUCCACGGCCGCAUUCAUCCAGGCAUGGCAAUAUUUCGGCCUGUUGGAAGCGAUUUUCGCAACACCAAUAUAUCAUUCCUAUCUGACCCGAUUUAGUCCAGAUGAGGAUGGUAAAGAGUGGAUUUACAGCCGAAAUCUGGGAACACUCCUGGAAUUGUGGAAGCGUAGGCUGGAUGGAAUCGAAGAUGACUUUCGAGAAACGACGCUCCGACAAGCCAGAGACUGCGUAACAGUCGCGAGUACAAUCUUGCAUGACAUAGUCACUCAACUUCCAACUUCUGCUGAUUCGGAAAAAACAGAAGCCCUUUUUGAGCUUCGAAAGCUGAUUGUUGAGAUUGAACCUGCCCUGUCCGCGCUCCACGAAGCCAUCGCCGGCUUUGUCGAAAGAGAACUGCGCAUGGAAAUUAAAUCAUUCAGCGGCUUCAGUGCAGAUACAGCUCCAUUCCCACGAAAGUAUUCAGAACGACUCGUCGCAAAAGGCUGGUGCUCUUUCGUUAUCGCCAGCGCCGAAAUUGCCAUGUCACCAUCUCUCCUCCGAUAUGUGGAUGCGGCUGACUUUGCGGCUCCUACCACCGGCCACAAGACAUGCACAGCAGCACGAUGUCAAAGAAAUGACGUCGAGUUAUCGACGUAUAAACAAGAGCACGAAACUCCAGAAUGCAAUUGCCAUUUCUUGAAGCCGUCCUUGAAAGACGUCUUUGACAUCUUUAACGCCCAUAAAAUUCCCGUUGUCCAGUUCAUUCAAGACGGCGGAUCUCUUCGACUUGGAGCUGUGGACCCUCACGACUCGAAAGCAGAUUAUGUCGCAUUCUCGCACGUCUGGGCCGAUGGGCUGGGCAGCAGUACCGAACUCGGUCUUCCCGCUUGUCAAAUCGCAAGACUUCAUCAGCUCGCAAGCCAACGACUCACAUACGAUGCCUACUUCUGGAUCGACGGCCUCUGUGUCCCCAGCAAAGAACCUUACCGUGGCAAAGCGAUCGAGCUGAUGAAAGCGACGUACGCAAAUGCCACGGGGGUGAUCGUAGUCGACAAAGGCAUGCGCUCUCUCUCCGUAUCGGCGCCGAGCCUAGAAAUCGGCUGGACGGUCUUUGCCUCCGGCUGGUUUGGCCGUCUCUGGACAUAUCAAGAAGGCUUUCUUCCAGCCUGGGUCGACUUGGAGUUGAAGGAUGGACUCUUCGACUUAUACGGUCUGAUUCAGGGCUUGUAUCGACUCUACUAUGACUCCAACGUUAGUCCGUUCCCCACCGUCUUUGUCCGUGAUUUACUUGCCGUGCUGCAAAAGGCCCGCCCUCUAGAUCGCCAGGCAAAACACCGCCCAAAAGUCAGGAAACUAGUGGAUAUCUUCAAUGCGUUUACGCGACGGAGAACAAGCCGGCCGGACGACCAGCUUCUCGUCAUGGGACUCUUGCUUGAUGUGGAUGUGAGGGAUCUCAUGGAGUUGAAUGGUCAAGAGAGAUGGAUCCAUUUCUAUCUCAGCCUGAGAGAGAUUCCGUGGACGGUGUUGUUCGAUAAGCGGCCGAAAAUAGAGUGCCGCCCAUUCAGAUGGGCGCCAGCCAGCUGGAUCAGCCCCGGGCAAGAUGUUUGGUUGCAUUACGAUGAGGGGCUUGGUAUGAUUUCGAAGGAUGGACUGAGUGUGACGCUUACUGUGUUGUCGUUGGAUGAAGCGCAUGAUACCAGUAUGUCAGCACUUGUUCUAGAAGUCGGCCAGGCCCCGGAUCAAACGAAAGCUCGGUAUGAGUUGAGUCGUCCCGACCCAGGCAGCCGUGUGAGUUCUUCAUCCAGAAGAAUGGACACGUUUAAUCUGGUUUUCAUUCGCCAUUUCGCACAUGAAUCGCCGCAGAAAAAUCUCAUGGAAAAUAGUCGUUUACUCAUGAGUGUUGGACUGGGAUAUUUCGAUCACGCCACGGGUUCAUCGCUUGUCGAUAGCUAUGAUUUCUCGUCGCCAUGGGAGGUUCGGUUCGUGAUCGAGGAGGAUGCAGAUUUUCUCGAGGGUGUCGAGAGAGUAAGAGCAAAGUGGAUGGCAAGAGAAUUUUGCUUUACUUGA